AUGUCUGGGCCAUACGUCUACACACAACCGAUCUACGAACCUCCUCCAUAUUAUACCCACCCGCACACUCCCCAGCGAUCACCUUUCAUUCCUCCCACUAGUUUAUUCCCACCUUCUCCCUCAUCACCUUACGCCGAACUUCCUGGAACGCCUCGCGCUUCUUACUAUCCUGAUGGAUACCGUCCCCGUCGUCCUCCAUCUUGGCAUGGAGGGAUGGCAGCGCUCCCUCCCAGUCCCUCCUUUUUAGGGAUUCAAUUGCCAACCCAUAACCGGCGACAUUCAUUCGGUAAUGGCAAUUACACUCCUUGGCAAUACCAGACGUCGUCGCAGCAAUUCCAGAUUCAUCCGCUUCUUAACGGAGAAGCUUAUGUGUCGGAGUUCUACUUCGACAUUGCUAAUCCAGCUUUCGCGCCAUUGCGCAGAGUUGGUCCAAACCACACGGCUAUGGUGUCCGUUGAGGAACUAAGGGAACCUGCUACAUUCCCAACCAUUACCCGCAUGCGUAUCACGCAUGAUGCCAUUCCUCAAUGGCCUAUCAACUUGGAGCUCGUUCAUGGCGAGUACGAUAUCUCGGGCGCUCUGCCCAUAACAGUUGGCGACGUUUUGUGGAUGAUCCAUUCUUCUCUGCACCGCCAAAUAUCUCACUCUGACUGGGCCAGGCUCAGUCAGAGUCAAGAAACUGCAAUCGCACGGGCCUACACGCGCAGAUACAGAAGCAUCCCUUCAUCUGCGCAGCUCGAAGCAAGUCAAGGAGUCAAACGGAUUGACUAUUUGAUGGAAAGACAUGUCUUUAGGGGACUUGUCAGAGCUCACGACGAAGAUGGUAUGUUCCAUUGGAAGUUGUUGACCUGA